AUGGGUCAUAAGUGUGAUUUUUGUGAAUACAGUUCCAAGCUAUAUAAUAAUAUUCAGAGACAUAUCGAUGGUGUUCACAAAAAGAUACAACACAUUUGUGAAUGUGGUGCUAAGUUAUCGCCAUCAUCCAUCACUAGGCAUAAGAAAAAUUUUUGCAGUCUCAACAAACGCAGGUCAAUGAAUGACUGGAAUGCUUAUAAUCAUCAUUCUACUGACAAUAAAGAAAAUAUUUCAAGUGAUGAUAAUUCUACAUCUGAUAUUAAAAAUGAAUGUAACGCAAAUGAUUUGGCUUCAGACAAAAUUUUUAAUGAUGAUACAGAAGAUAAUGAGAACAAAAAACAUAAUAUUCUGAAACAUUUAACUACAAUAGAUAAAGAAAACGGCGAUGAGAUGUAUACUGAAAAAGUUUCACGCAAACGAUUUAGAAAUGAUACUGACACUGAUGCCGAUAUCGAAUGUGAGGGGGAGAGAGAGGAAGUUAUUCAUUGUCGUACACCAAAUGCUUUUAGAAAAGGACAAAGAUCUCCGAAAAAAAGUUUUACUAAUCAAUUGAGAACCAUGAAUGGAAAAACACGAAAACUUAAACGAGCCUGGGAUCGCAGAGAGAAAGAUGUUGGCGCUGCUGAGGAUCAAAUGUCAGAAUUUGGUGAGAACAGUGUCAUAGCUAGCUGUACAAGCAUAUUUGAGUCUACUGAAGAUUCAGAUUCCGAAGGAGAAUCGGAUUCUGAUGAAGAAGGUGUAUUGGAACCAAUUAAACGACGAAGUGUUAAUGAUAUGCCAUAUCAGAGAAAUUAUGAACCUUUAAUAUUUAAUUCGUCCCAUAUUAAAAGUAAUUCACACAAUUCCAAUGGACGUAACGAAAUCGACUUCAUUCAAUACAACCAAAAUCUUAGAGAUGGAAACUGCAAAGAUCCGAAUGAACUUUGUGAUCGAUUGAGACUCUUAAUAUCAUCAAAGUGUAAAACCAAUAGAAAAAACUCACAAGAAAUCGUCACGAUAAUUGAACAUCUGCGAAAUUCUGGCUAUAUUACCUAG